AAAAUGUUGUUUGCAACAGAGUCCUGAAGCUUGACUGCAUUGGGCAUAUCCAAAAACGAAUGGGGAGGAGCUUGCUAACAUGGAAGCAGCAGCAUGGUGCUACACCUUGGAAAAAAACUGAUAAAAGUUUGCAGAAGGCAACAAAAAAGCCCAGUCAAAAAAGGCAACAAGAAUUUAUUUGUAAAGAAUGUAAAAGGAACCACACAUUAACAAAUGAAGUCAUAAAGAAGCUGCAACAGUACUAUGGAAAAGCUUUACGAAGAAACUGCAUUCCAUAUGGGUCAUCAGUUGCUGAAAAGGAGAAGGCUUUGGCAAAGAUGCAGCAAUCUGUCCUUGCUGUUCUCUACCACAGUCUUCUUUUAGAAGAUGAUGUUCAGAGACAUCAGUACUGCCCAGAGCAAACAGAGGUGUACAACUGGUGUGGUUAUAAGAAUGAAACCAGACUUACAGAACAUCAACCACACCAUUUGUGCCCUCAAUACUUGCCAUAUUUGCUUCCCAUUUUUGAGAAGCUCAGCAGCAAAGCCUUGCUCAAGAGAUGUCUUUUUGGCUUCUCACAAAAUGCCAAUGAAAGUUUGAAUGCUGUUGUUUGGAAAAGAGCUCCAAAAGAAAAAAACAACAGCCCAAGUGCAACACACCUUGCUGCAAUAUCAGCAGUAGUGCAGUUUAAUGAUGGAAAUGUUGGAAUACAAAGGUUUUAUGAAGCUCUUGCCUUGCCUUUGACAUCAUUUCAGCAUGAAAAGGCAAAACAAAUAGACAAAGAGAGAGUGAAGAGGGCAGAAUAUAAAAGGAAAAUCAAAACAAGACAUAGACGCCAGAAGAUUACGCAGAAGAAAACACGUACUGAGGCAAUGCUGGAGAUUUCAGAAGGCCCAUCCUAUGAGAGUGGAUCAUUUAAUGACUGAAAUUGAUGACUUCAUUUCUAAUCAUGGGUUUUUAGUUGUUUAUUGCAUUUUGAUAUGGUUUCAUUGUACUA